CAUUGAUCAUACUCCGUAUUCGUGACACCACCUGGUGGAUGCAAUACAGUUACAAACAGUGUGCUGGUGCGCAGGAUCCUCGGAGAUGCUGGGCACCUGGCAAAUGAUGAACGGUCAGAAACCAAAACAGCAUUAACUGGGGUCGAUCGAGGUCACUGUGCCACCAUGAUUCCUCCACGCUCACUCUGUCCAUAUUGAUUCAAGGCUCAAGGCCUACGAGUAUAACAAGGCCCGAAAGGUAUCAAUCUCCUAUUUUGUCCCCAGUCUCUCUUUCUUUUCACCACCACUAUGGCUACAGUAUAUCCUUCUUUCAUUCCCUCGCUUUCGAACUCAACUUCUUACGUAUCCCAUUCGGCUUGGGCUGGAGACAACGUUCUUGUGAAAUACAGAUGGACCGUCCUUGCAUUACUUCUCAUCACUCCCGGUUUCAUCGGGUUCCUUCAAUAUCUGUUGUUCAAGGACAAGCCUCCCAAGGGCCUAAAACUUGUGCCUGGCCCUCCCAGCACCAUUCCUUACAUCGGUCGGGUUGAUAUCGACGCCAAAGCGCCAUGGAACUCGAUGCGAAAAUGGGCCGACGAGUACGACGGCCUUUUCAGACUGACAACCUGUGGCGAAAUGCACAUCUGGCUGGGGAAAGGCGAGAUCGCUCAGGAGCUCUUUUGCAAACGAGCAUCUCGUUAUUCCUCCCGUCCAGAAGUCGCGGCUGUCCCUGGCAGUCAUAAUCAAGCACAAUAUCUGCCAUUGAUGGAGUACGGAGACCAUUGGCGCAUGCAAAGGAAAUUCGCGCACACCUCAUUGAACGUCGCCUACAACACCCAAUAUUACGGCUAUAUUCCCUUGGAAGCGAAACGCUUCUUGUACAACCUUGUCAAAGAUCCUCUUGAUCACUUCUCUCAAACCGAUCGCUUUUGCGGACGCAUUUCAGCAAGAUUGUGCUAUGGAUCCCCAAAUUCGGCAGCAGCCCAUUGCAAGAACGCCGCCGAGUUCAUUCCUCAGAUCUCUCCUUCCGCAAGCGGGCCCCUCACCAAUAUCUUUCCUUUCCUCGGCGUCCUUCCCGAAUGGAUCAACACGUCCAAGAAGGCUUGCAGACAAAGAAGAGAACGAGAAGAGCGACUGUGGAAAGGUCUGAUGGCAGAAGUGCGCAACGAGAUCGAGGCCGGCAAAGCUGAGGUUUCGUUCGCACGGUCGUACUUCGAGCGAAGAGAAGCAGCUGGUGGAGGUGAUGGCAGAGACUUUGGCUUCGAUGAACAUGAAGCUGCCUAUGCAGUUGGCAUGCUGUGCACCGUCGCCAUCUUCACCAUUGGGGGACCACUGUACUGCUUCUUCCUGACGAUGGUCCUUCAUCCGGAAUGGCAAGAGAAAGCCCGUGCCGAGAUCGAUGCGGUGGUCGGCAGUGACCGAAUUGUCGAACUACGCGACUCUCCCAACCUGCCUAUCCUACGAGCAUGCAUCAAGGAAACUAUACGCUGGGGCCCACCUGUUCCACUGGGUGUUCCGCGACUGGUGACCGAGGAUGAUGACUACGAAGGCUACUUUAUUCCGAAAGGAGCUGUUGUGCAUGCCGUUGACAUAUCGAUGGCCCGCAACCCGGCCGAAUAUCCGGAUCCCGAGGUUUACAAUCCUGGCCGCUGGCUUGAGCCGGAGUAUCCAACUUACCAGGAACCUCUUACGGUCUACCCUCGUUUACUCGGUUUUCACGGAUUUGGUCGUGGUCGGCGGAUGUGUCCUGGAAUCGAGCUCACCGAGGCGGAGUUGUUGGUUGCUUGUGGCUCUCUUCUAUGGGCAUUCACGAUGAAGCCUAACACUGGCAUGGACGGGCAGCCACAGUGGCCUGAUCCUAAGGCCCGGACGAGUAAUGUCAUUGGAGGUCCGUUGCCCUUCAAAUUCGACUUGAAGGUUAGGAAUGAGCAAAGGAGGGCUAAGAUUGAGGCGCUGUAUGAGCUUGACAGGCACUUGUUGGAGUAGAGGUGUUUGGAAUAGUCUGACGCAUGCAGUACGGCGUCUGUACAGCGUCUUUUACUGCUAUCUGUAUCGGCAGAGCACUAAUCAAAUUAUCGGAAGAGCAUUACUCAGUACUCAGCAAGU